CCAGUUUGCCAUAGGACGCCCAGGUGAACGCACAUAAAACCCCGAGCCUCCGCCGUGCAAGAAGCCACUGCCGGACGACGACACGCGCGCGACUCCGGAAGGGAAAAGGUUGAGGCUCGAGCGCAGAUAAGUCUCCUACAGUUAGGAGAGAAAAUCAACAACACGUCCACAGAAAGGAAGAAAUAAACCAGACAAAAAAAACGAAAAAGAAAAGAGAGAGAGAGAGAGAGAGAGAGAGAGAGAGAGAGAGAGAGAGAGAGAGAGAGAGAGAGAGAGAGAGAGAGAGAGAGAGAGAGAGAGAUAAUAAAGAGAAAGAGAGAAAAUAAAGAAUAAAGAAAGAUAAAGAGAGAUAAAGACAGAGAAGAACGAAAACCAGCCACCAAAAGAAACAGACGAUAAAGACAGGAGAAGCGAAGGACGACGAAACCAAGAGCGAUGGAGGGCCCCAACAGAAGGAAGGGCGUGACGUGGCUGCUGGCGACGGCGUGGGCGCUCCUGCUGGCGCUAGCGGGACAGCCUGCCCUCGCCCAGGUCUACCCGGUGCCCAAGCCCGAAGACACGGCCCACUGGCACCAAUUGGCCGCUAAUGAUUUGCAAGAUGCCAUGUUUGCUGCCACCAUGCACGACUGGAGCAUUGCCAAGAACGUGGUGAUGUUCGUGGGCGACGGGAUGGGCAUCACGCCCACGGUGGCCGGCAGGAUCUACAAGGGCCAGCGUCGCGAGGGCUCGGCGGGGGAGGAGGGCUACCUGGCGUGGGAGCGAUUCCCCAACAUGGGCCUCAUGAAGACGUACGUGCUCAACAAGCAAGUGCCCGACAGCGCCGCCACCGCCACCGCUUACCUGACGGGGGCGAAGGCGAACAUCUACACCUUGGGAGUCGACCACACCGUCGUGAAAGACCAGUGCAUGGCUUCCCUCGACCCGGCCACCUGGAGGAAUUCCGUGCUCAAGUGGGCUCAGGACGCCGGCAAAAACACGGGCUUCGUGACGACCACCCGCCUGACUCACGCCACGCCCGCGGCCCUCUACGCCCACACAGCCAACAGAGACUGGGAGUGUGACGCCAAGCUAGGGAGCCUAGGACACGGCUGCAGGGACAUCGCCAAGCAGUUCGUCGAGGACACGCCGGGGAGAGACAUCAAUGUGGCUCUCGCGGGCGGGCGGCAUGUGAUGGGCGCGAGCCUCGGCGUGCAAACGGAGUACACCUGCGUUCGGGCCGACGGGCGGAACCUGACUCAGGAGUGGCUGAUGGCCAAACGCGCCCAUGGACACACCGCCCGCUACGUCACCAACGCCCAGGACCUUCAGAGCACCGACUACGCGUCCACCGACUAUCUCUUGGGCCUCUUCGCUGACGACCACAUGGACUACGAGGCCGACCGCGACCGAGGGCCACUUGGCCAACCCAGCCUGGCCAACAUGACCCGCGCCGCCAUCAAGAUGCUGUCCAAGAACGUCCACAAGGGGUUCUUCCUGCUGGUCGAGGGCGGGAGGAUCGACCACGGCCUCCACGACACGCAGCCCCGCCGAGCCCUGGAGGAGGUGCUGGCGCUGGACGACGCCGUGGCCGACGCCCUCAGCCUCCUGGACCUGGACAACACCCUCGUCCUCGUCACCGCCGACCACUCGCACGUCAUGACCAUCAACGGCUACGCUCAGCGGGGCAAUGACAUCCUGGGCAUGAGCGAUGAGCCGUCUGACAUCGACCAGAUGACCUACACAACCCUCAUGUUCACCAACGGCCCGGCUUUCAACUACACUUGGAAUGGUGUCAACGUGACCCGACCUGACCCCAAGACGCAAAACACUACAGAAUUAGGUUACAAGCCCCUCGCUGCUGUCCCACUGAGUUACGAGACCCACGGUGGUGAAGAUGUAGCUGCUUAUGCCAUAGGCCCCAUGUCCCACCUGCUGCACCGCGUCCACGAGCAGAGUUACCUGGCCCACGUGAUGGGUUUCGCCUCUUGCAUCGGCCCCUACCAAGAUAACUGCGAGAGACCCAAAUCCCACUUCUCCCGCUUCCUUCCACGGGAAGUAUAGAUACACUGCAUACCGCCAACUAGUAAGAUGGUGCUGGAACAUAUUAGGCAAGAAGAAUCGUUUGCAUACAAAAUAUCACACGAAAAUAUCACACAAAAGGAUCUCAUCCAUGCAUUCACGCCGAUGACAAAGAAAAUGAACACAACUCAUGACGUCAUUCCCGGGUUGGUGGCGCUACUGGUAAUAUUUGAGUUAUAAGCUGUAGCAGACGACGUUUUGGGCCCAGAAUUUGUUCAUUCAAAAGGCUAUAAAUAUAAAACACGUUUUUUUUUUUUUUUAAUUCAUUUUUUAAAAUCUUAUGCAUAUCUGGAGGUACAAGAACAAAUUCUGAGAUGAACAUCAUACAUUUAAUUCACAUAGUGGGUACUCUUUAAAGGAAAUUCCCUACAGCAAACAUUCUCAGAAAAGCACAAAACUUCAUUUGCUACAACAGAUAUUGUUGGACUUCAAAAUAUCACACUGACCCCUUGAAUACAAGUUACAGUCCAAUUUGUAGUGCACAAAACUCUACCCCAAGUUUUGGUUCCCUUAAAGCUACAAAGGAUCUUUCUGAAUAACUAAUACUAAUAAAGAAAAAACCUGAACAACGAGAGUCCCUUCUCUAAAACUGAAAACUUGGAUAUCUUAUCUUAAACAGGUAAGACUUACUUAUAAUUCUCUCCAUGAGUGAGAGUUCCAAGCCCUUCUCUGCUGCUUCUUUGGAUACAAUGGUAGGAGGAAGCUGGCAGUGAUCGCCGGCUAUUAUCAGCUUUGGGGCUCGGAGGAGGGACAUAUAACAGGCAGCUUCAAUUGCCUGAAUAAACAGAAGACAAGGAAAAGUUUAGAAAAAAACAAACAAACUCUGAAAUAGAAUUCUCUUUCCUUCGGAACCAUAACAAUCAUAACUAUCUCUAAACAAUAAUGUCAAAAUGAUCACAAAUACAAAUAACCAAAGAAAAAAAUCUGAACCUACUCAUCAAGGCAGCCUCACCUGCGAGCAUUCGUCAAUGACCACCACAUCAAAGAAAUCCUCCCUCAGGAGCUUCAGGGGACCAUCAUUACUACUACUCGUGAGGGUGGCCAAGAUUACAUCGCUGUUCAUCAGGAUCUGCUUCGUGAGUCUCAUCUCCCUAUGUUAGGAAAAAGUGUGAGCUAACAUGCAAUUCAAGAAACAAACAGAGACACUUCUUCCACAUAUCCUCGAAAAUGCCAAAUUACACCUGUUCUUUACUGAGUGUUUUACCAAUUAUCAUCUUCAUCUAACACAUUACCACUACUUUUUAAUUAUAAUACUUGUGAUUUCCUUUGGGUUAUGUCAUUUAUCAGUUGAACUAUAAUCAUCUAGUUAAUACCUUUCAUAUAACUCCUUCCUAAAUGUCUUGAUUUCCCUCCUGAUGUGCUGCCUCUUUCCUCUGUCUCUGGCCUUCUUCAGUUGUUUAAGUUGGUCGUUAAUAUCCUGAUGAAUGUCCUUCAGUAAUUGAGAUUCAUCGCUGUUAAUAUAAAGCUCAGUCAGUGCCUGUAUUAACUGAAUGCAGUAGAUUAUGUACUUUGUAAUUUUCUGUCCAUUUUAAUACUUUCUGACAGAAAAAAUGGAUUUGCACAAUAUAGGAACAUCAGAAGCAGAAAAGAUUAUCAUAUAUUAUCUUAAUACUAAAACAACAUUCACGAUAAAUACCAAUAUGUAACCACCAACUGUUUAAAUACCAAAGCACCCUACUUUAGAAUUCUUAGACAAAGCAAAACAAAUAAAAAAUAAAUAAAUAAACAUCUUCAUACAUCUUAACACACGCUGAGACAAAUACAUGCAAAAAUCAACACACACACCUCACUCUCACAACACCGCCCAUCAGCCCAGAAACCAACAAACCUGUGGUGCAUAAGACAGUCCAGAGUAUAGCGCUGGGUGAGUGGAGUGGCCCUGGCCGGAUGACCCACACGCACGACACGAACCUUGGCUGCCGCUAGUCUCUCUACCAGGUUAUCCACAGCGAGGUUUGAUGGGGCACAGGCUAGUACCUGCAAUGUUUUUAAAACCAUUAUCAACUAGAGCAUCAAAACAGUGAAAUUCCAAUAAAAAUUCUUCCAUCUUAUAUAUUC